AUUGUAUAGUUUGUGUUAUAUGUAUUAGAUCAACGGGCUUAAAAGGGCAGAAUAAAUCAACUGUGGUAAUAAGGAAAAAGGAUUGAAAAUGGAUGGGUGGUGAUAUUCAACAAGGAAGGAAAAUGAAGGGAGGAUGGAACAAAUGGAAAAUGAAUGGAUUGGCUAGAUUGAAUUUUGGGGAGUCGGCCAUUGAUCAGAAGUAAAUCGGCGUUUGUGCAAGACAGUUGAGCCAAGUUCAAAUUGUGCCUAUAGUGCCUAAAGUGCCGUGUGCAAUCCUGAAGUGAACCACAGUGCGAGGCCAAUAGUUCAGCCAGGACCUUUGUUUGGAUUCUAUAAUCCUUAGAUUGCCCCAGCCAACUGUGCACGAUCGGCCAAACCAACGAUUUCGUUGGUAUUGGUCUAACAGUCAAGGACCUCCUCUCAGGCUCCGUAACCGCCGUAGUGAGAGAAAUCUCGGACCGUGAAGUCCUAAAAGUCCAGGAGAACCCUUCUCGGCGUGGCCAAUACGGUCUCGUCCGUGGCCCGUCGAUUGCGUCAACGAAGGGAACGCCGUAGACCCCCAGGCUACCUCCGUAGCCAUCCGCCAUUGCCUUUGACCCAAUCAAGAGGCGCCGCCGCCAUUCAGGUGCGCGAAGACCAAGCCACCAAGUCGCCAUCUUCCGACUCACCACCGCCGAAGCAAACCUCACCUGCAGCAGCGAGCGCUCGCCAACGUCCAGCAACGCCCCGGUACGUACCAGAACAACUAUCCUUACCACAAACUAGCCCAUAUUAGUAGCAAUAGCCCAAUAAAGUUCAAACACCCAACCUCAAUAUUAAAUUCAAUAAAUCCCACAUAGACUUUGUAAAACACUCUUUCAAUCCACCAAUCAUUAAGAAUUCCACAGUUUCAGCACCCGUUGUUCCGCGUAGCCCCUCCGAAUUACCCAGUAGCAUGCCGACCCUGUAGACCCAGCUCUAGGGGUCUCAUGCUACUGAGCUAGUUAUCCGGGAGUCUUGGUUUAGCCACUGGGUCGAUUGAGCAGUUUGUAAGCCUCAGUUAGUCUCAAUUGGCGACCAACGUUAAAGUCGUGAACGGUAAUCGGAGGAUCGAUUAGUAUUUAAAAAAAAUCUUGAGAUUUUUUUAACUGGGCGACAGGUGAGUGUACAAUCAAUUACCUAGUUGAUUGUACAGUCCGACACUUGAAAACCGCUAAUCAUAGUGCGUGAGUUGGUGGAUUGAAGCGUGAAGACAUUGGUCACAUUCGGUUUCGGAAAAGUGCAGAAAAGAAGUAAAAGAGACACGAGAGCAGUAAAAAUUUGAUUGAUUUCGGAGACUAAGACAAAUUUUGGAAUUGACACUGGGGGCUAAUCUAAAAGGACUUACACUAAUACAAUUACACUUUAACAUCAAAGGUCCUGAAUGAACUAAAUUUCACAGUACAAAACAACACGAAAGAUAGCACGCUUUAUUGGAUUAUUUUUGAAUUUCUUCUUCAUCGUUUCUUAUUUUCUAGCUUAAGUUUUGAAUUUUAUUGAUUUUUCUUAUGAAUUUGAAUUUAUUAUCUAGUUUCUAAGUGUAUAUAUUUUGAAUUUUGAAUUUUAUUGAAGUUUUCUUGAAUUGCUGUACAUAAUCUGUUUGCUUUAAUCACGAUGGACUCUAAAUACGCCAGCCAAUACCGUUCGAUGAACGUGAACCAUCUGCUUGAUGACGAGCUUGAAUAUGAACUUGUACUUCGCAAAGUAGAAUAUUCUAGUGGUGAAUCUAGGGAUAUAAAACGUAGAAAAUUACGAGGUGCAAUGAAGGAGGAAAAAGAUUCAAACAGAUUCGUGUCGCGGAGUGUAAUAGUUGAGGCUCGUGAAUCGGAAUCGCGUCAGGUAGAGGAGAAAAUAGCAAUGAUUAGAGAUUCCCUAGAAAACAGGAAGGCUAAGAAAGCAGAAUUUCCACAGUUUGAAACGCGCCUGGUUCACUUGUACUUUCGGUUGCAACGGUUGAGGAAAGUGUUCAACACCGCCGGCUUAGAACAAAUAGUUCUCGGGCUGUUGAACGAGUAUUUUCCGCGGAAUAGUAGUAGCAAGGACCCAGAGGUUGUAGGAGAACCAUCUGCAAGGAACUUACCAAAACAGAGUUCUCAAGAGCCUUAUAGAGAUGAAAGCGAAGAAGAAGAAGAUUCAAACCCGCGAACUGAGGAAGAAAGAGAGGUAAGCGAUGACGAGGUUUUCUCGGAAGAUCUUGAGUUUACCAUGCGAAAUGUGAGAAGUAGGAGGUCCAGCACACCCAAGAGCCGCGAAAACCAGGUCGUCAAUGCUGAUGAACUGGUGGAGCGGAUCAUGCAGCGGGUGGACCAAUUGAUUACAACCAAAUUAAGGGCGCUUAAUUUAGGAGCUAGAACAGAACCAUCUCGAGCUCAUGAUAAUGAGAAGAAACGGUCAAGUAGGCAGUUAGGGAAGAAGGAUAUGUCGCUACCAUUGAAGGCUGAAAAGAAAAGGCAACUGAACAUGACAGGUGAACAGAGAGGCGCGAAGAUAGUGGUCAAGAAAAGCAACGAAGAAGCCAACUCAGAUUCGUCUGACGUUUUAAGCGAAAAAGAAGCAGGAACCGAUCAAUACUCAGAGAUAGUAGAUACAGAUACAGAUAGGGAGGAAGUUGAGCGCAACCAGAGAUUGAAGCGAAGGCCUAGGCCAGUCUGUGACUGGAAGUUGAAAUACGACGGAAGGGACGACGGAAGAGGGUUGAACAAGUUCAUAUCAGAAGUGGAGUUCAUGGCUGAGGCGGAGAACAUUAGUAAGCGGACACUAUUCAGCGAGGCGAUCCACUUGUUUUCCGGUGAUGCGAGGUCCUGGUACAUAGAAGGAAGGAGGAAUCGCGAGUUCCGAAAUUGGACCGAGCUGGUAGCUGAGUUGAAGCUGGAAUAUCAACCGCCGGACAUGGAUUACCACUAUGAACAGCAAGCAGCGGCGAGGAGACAGAAAAGAGGAGAGAAGUUUCAAGACUACUACAACGCCAUCAAGGAGAUUUUUGAGCAGAUGGCCGUCCCGCCGACGGAACAUAGGAAGUUUGAUAUCAUUUUCCGGAAUCUCCGUUCGGACUAUAAAAACUCCUUGUUAGUCAAAGGGGUCCGAACGUUGAGGAUGUUGAAAGUGUGGGGGCGUAAGCUGGACUCUGCAAACUGGUUUUUGUACCACAAAUCAGAAGGUGAUCAGGGUACCAGAUCGUCGCAGAUCCACGAGAUCAGCAGGAGUCCAGUACAACGUAGACAGCAGCCACCGCGAAAUGACUGGAAGGAUACGGGGUUCAAGGGUAGAUCAGAGUGGCGAAAUCAAACUGCUGGUGCGUAUCAGGGUCCGAGGAACGAUAAUCGAGGUCCCAGAAAACCAAUGCCGGAGCAACGUAAAACUGAUCAACAAAAGUCAAACAAGAAACCGGCGGAUGUGGACCCUGGGGAAGGUUGCAGCAAAGAGCUUCUGCAAAAGAGAGUCGAAGCUUAUCGGAUUCCGGAGAGGACGGUUUGCUUCAACUGCCGGGGUAACUAUCAUCAUUCUAGCGCCUGCUUGAAGCCCAAGGAAAUUUUCUGUUCCACCUGUGGAUUUCAAGGUUUCAGAAAACCGGAUUGUCCGUUUUGUGCAAAAAACGAGAAGCAGUCGAUGUGAGGGGUCG